CCCAAAGGCCACGCAGCCCAAGACGCCACCGUCACGUUGCCAUCCCUGCAUGAGGCCGUGCUGGCAGCCACGGCAGGCCUCAUCCGCCCGCUGCCGUGGUUCAAUCACUCCGCCGGACUCGACGGAGAAGCCACCGUCAUCGACGAAUACCCGACCAACAUCAUGGCCCUCUUCCAGUGCCUCAACAGCCAUUGCGGCCGCGCGGGCUGGGGCAGUAUGAAAGUGGGGAUCCUGACCCGGCGCGGCGGGGCCGGGGCCGGGGCCAUGGGCUACGACGCGCUCGUGUUCAACCAACGCUGCAAGGGGCGCAACAGGCUCGGCGCCAUGGUGGUGAACGAGGACGUUUAUGUCGAGCGUGUCGCGUACUGGAUGAAGAAGUAGGCUGGCGUGCCCAUAGCGCCGCAAGUGUACGCUCCGAGGCUGCUUGGGCCGAAGCACGAGUCGGAGCUCUGCGAAGCUUGCAAGGCGGGAUAUUGCAUGCGGCCUGCAAAGGUGGGGAUGUUCUAGAUGGCUGAUGGGACUGUGGGAAGAUUGUUCUGGAGGGGCGAGAUGCAGGAGUUGUGUACCGGAAUUUAAUUCACUUUCUGUCUUCGUCUCUUUCUCUUCCGUCUUCUUUCA